AUGGACCCUGUCAACGCCCUUCAUUACGUCACUAAACGAGAUGAAGAUACAUGUGAGAACUCAAGUGAUUACGAUGGUCGCGAUAACCUGAGAGUGUUAGCACUGUUCAUCAUUUUGAUAUCUUCAUCUCUUGGCUCAUUCUUCCCAAUUCUAUCGUCUAGGUACUCUUUCAUUAGAUUGCCUAACUGGUGCUUUUUCAUUGCUAAGUUUUUCGGUUCUGGUGUUAUCGUCGCAACUGGUUUCAUCCAUUUGUUGGAGCCUGCCAAUGAUGCUUUAACUAAUCCUUGUCUCACAGGCACAUUCGAAGAUUAUCCUUGGGCUUUCGGUAUCUGCUUAAUGUCUUUGUAUGUUCUAUUUUUGGUGGAAAUCGUUACACAUUUCUUUGUCGCCAAAGUUAGCGCCAAAGAAGAUGUCGAGGUGGAAGAUAAAGAGUUUAAAGCUAAUGACGAAGAGUCAAGCAUAAUUGAGCAGGAAGAAGUUCGUAGGACUGAAAAGAUUUCAAGCAUUCCCGGAGAAGAUCAUUAUGGUCACGAUAAUGUUCAUCAAGAUUUGGCUCAGGCCAACACCUUAGCAGCUUCAAAGCAAAAGGAAAAAUAUUUGAAUCAAAUUGUGUCCGUUUUCAUUUUAGAAUUUGGUGUUAUCUUUCACUCUGUCUUCAUCGGUUUAUCCUUAGCAGUCUCUGGUGACGAAUUCAUUACCUUAUUUAUUGUAUUGGUGUUUCAUCAAAUGUUUGAAGGUCUUGGUUUGGGUACAAGAAUUGCUGAGACCAAUUGGGAAGCCAAGAGAUGGUACACACCUUGGUUGUUGGCUCUUGGUUACAGUUUGUCCACGCCUAUUGCCAUUGCGAUAGGUCUAGGAGUGAGACAUUCUUUCUCCCCAAAUUCCAGAAAGGCAUUGAUUUCCAACGGUUGUUUCGACGCUAUCUCGGCAGGUAUCCUAAUCUACACUGGGUUAGUCGAGUUGAUGGCCCAUGAAUUUUUGUAUUCAAACCAAUUCAAGGGUGAAAACGGAUUUCGUAGAAUGAUUUUUGCGUUUAUAAUCAUGGCUGCCGGCUCAGGAUUGAUGGCGCUUUUGGGUAAGUGGGCCUGA